UCGCGCAGCGGAGCAAACACCCACUCUCCUCCGAGCCCGGCGGCGCGGCGCGUGGAGGCAGCAGCGGAGACAGCAGCAGGUCAGAGCGGCUGCAUCCCGCCCAGUCCGUCUCCGCCGGCGUCAGGGCUUCGGAGGAUGGAGGAUUCCCGGGAGACUUCGCCGUCCUCCAACAACUCCUCGGAAGAGCUCAGCUCUGCCCUACAGCUGUCCAAGGGCAUGUCCAUCUUCCUCGACAUACUGAGGAGAGCAGACAAAAACGAUGAUGGGAAAUUGUCCUUUGAGGAAUUUAAAGCCUAUUUUGCUGAUGGAGUUCUCAGUGGAGAAGAACUACAUGAGCUCUUCCACACCAUUGACACACACAAUACCAACAAUCUUGACACAGAAGAACUAUGUGAAUAUUUUUCUCAGCACUUGGGUGAAUAUGAGAACGUGCUGGCUGCACUUGAAGAUCUGAAUCUCUCCAUCCUGAAGGCAAUGGGCAAAACAAAGAAAGACUACCAAGAAGCCUCCAAUUUGGAACAGUUCGUCACUCGAUUUUUGUUGAAGGAGACCUUAAAUCAGUUGCAGUCUCUCCAGAACUCUCUGGAAUGUGCCAUGGAAACCACUGAAGAGCAAACCCGUCAAGAAAGGCAAGGGCCAGCCAAGCCAGAGGUCCUGUCUAUUCAGUGGCCUGGAAAGCGAUCCAGCCGCCGAGUCCAGCGACACAACAGCUUCUCCCCAAACAGCCCACAGUUCAAUGUCAGCAGUCCAGCUCUGUUAGAAGAGGACAACCAGUGGAUAACCCAGAUAAACAGACUCCAGAAAUUAAUUGAUAGACUGGAAAAGAAGGAUCUAAAACUUGAGCCCCUGGAAGAAGAAGUUAUUGAAGAGAACACUAAACCUCACAUCAUGCUCGUACAGCGCCAGAUGUCUGUGAUGGAAGACGAUCUGGAGGAAUUCCAGCUUGCUCUGAAGCACUAUGUGGAGAGCGCGUCAGCCCAAAGCGGGUGCCUGCGUAUUUCUAUACAGAAGCUUUCAAAUGAAUCCCGCUACAUGAUUUAUGAAUUCUGGGAGAACAGCAGUGUGUGGAAUCGCCACCUCCAGACAAGCUACAGCAAGACAUUCCAAAGAAGCAACGUGGAUUUCCUGGAAGCUCCAGAGCUCACAUCUACCAUGCUACUUCCUGCCUCCUGGUGGAUCCUGAACAACAAUUAGAUGUCCCUGCACCACGUCUUUAUUGUUCCGAGUUCAAGUGUUCUUCUCUAAAAUGUCAACUGGAAAGUUCUGUGGUUGUCAAGCUGCUGCACACUUUUGUUCAAUGUUAUCAGUACAUCUUCUGAAGUGUAUUCUGUAGCUAUCUCAGUAGCUACUCUUGGUAUUUGAUGCUAAUUGACUUGCUAUACUGUAAUCAAUCAUUAUAGCAAAAUCCUAAUAUAUGAAAUUGGCACAUAAAGUAAUAAAAUGUGACAAUUCUUGUAAAAAUGCUAAGUGAGAACAUCAUAUCAUAGGGCAGGGUUUGUCCACUGCUCUAAAGUGGUGGUUCUCAACCUUCCUAACGCUGUACCCUUUAAUACUGUUCCUCGUGUGGUGACCUCCAACCAUAAAAUUAUAUUGUUGCUACUUCAUAACUACAAUUUUGCUACUGUUAUGAAUUAUAAUGUAAAUAAAUAUCUUAUAUGUAGGAUAUCUGAUAUGCUAUCCCCAAAGAAGUCAUGACCCACAGGUUGAAAUCCACUGCUCUAAGGAUUAUAUCCAUGCUUUGUGACUUUUCAGUAACACAUUUUUGUGAGAAAAACAUUCUUUUUCAGUAAGUUCCACAUGGCCCUCCAACUAUUCUCCAUAUAAUUCCUUUAACAUUAAUAUAAAUGCACAGAACAACCUAGGCUAUAUCCUGUAGAAGCUGUUCAUGUGUCAUGUUGUAAACUGGUAUUUUGGACAAUCUAUAGUAACUUACAGCAUUUACUACUGUGACACCUUUUUUGUUAGUAUUAUAAUCUCAUAUAUAAGCUAGACAUUAUUGAACCAAGAAUAAAGCUUUACUUUGAGGAAGUUAAUGUUUAUGUCAGAAGCCUUUAAAAUAUGAUCCAUAUAAAUAACUAAUCUUAUG